AUGGCUGAUGACCUCGUUCAAAGAAAGAGUAGGGAGCAAUUAAUUAAGGAACACGAGAUGAUACUGACUAUACAUGAUGCCUAUUUUAUGCAUGUGGCAAAUAGUUCAGGACCUAAUCAGGAAACUAAAAAUGUUAAACUUUUAUCAAAAAAUCGGAUUUCUAUAGCAAAUUUGAAGUUGAAUAAUGUGCACACCGGGAAAUAUUUGUUAUGUCAAGUCAUUUCAAAAAGCAUUAAGAGAGACGCCCUUUACACUCUGAUAGAAGAUCCAGAAGGUGAUGUCGAACGGCUCGCUUUAUACAAUUGGGCCCCGCGGUCAUCUAAUUCUAGUGAAUACAUAAGUAAUGCGCUUUCUACCAGCGAAGCUUCCAAGAGUCUACCUAUGGGUACCAAACUCGUAAUUAAAAAGCCAUAUUAUACAAUUUCUACUGACUACAGCGCGAUUAUCCGUUCAGAUAACCCUGGUGAUGUUGUUAUUAUUGAUAACAAUCAUAAUCUAUUAAAAGAAACAAAGUGGUCUACUAGUUGUCCAGAAAUUUUAACUGUGGACGAGUUCCGUCUUCGCGGAAACAAGCAUUUUGAGUCGAAUGACUUUGCAAGAGCUAUUAGCGUAUACUCGGAUGGUAUUAAACUGGACCCAAAUAAUAUCACGUUACUUUCUAAUCGUGCAGAAGCAUACUUACGGUUAAAUCAGUAUAAAAAAGCACUUGAUGAUGUAGAAAAUGCUCUCAGGAAUGAUCCUCUUCAUCCGAAGGUGGCUUUUCGAAAAGGCAAGGCACUUUGUGGACUGAAGCGCUAUUCAGAGGCCUGUUCUGUACUUAGAGAUUUGUAUGACAGGAUGAAGGAAAAAACAGAUCACAGUAGUAAGUUGAUUAUGCAGAAUACUGAGGAGUUCUUAGCGCAUGUGGAUAUGCUAUAUUCCGAAAAUAAAAUUGGGAAAUAUGAUUUUGUGCGUAUUUUGAACGAGUUUAUGGAAAAAUCAAAAAUUAAAGAAAAUGAUGGAUCCUGGGCAUGUGAAAUGGGUCCGAGGUUAAAUCAUGCAGAUUUUUUACAUAAAGAUAUCGAGAUUCGUACGACAAAAGAAAAAGGAAGGGGUUGGUUUGCAAAACGAGAUAUUCCUGAAAAAACUUUGCUGAUGGUUUCCAAGGCGUUCGAAGCAGUGCAUGUCAAUGAAGUUUCUUCAGGCACACAUACUGAUCACUUAUCCAAAGCUAGUAGGAUUGCAAUUUCAGCAGAACUCUUAGAAAAAAUUUCACGAAGACUUGCGGAAGAACCAGAACUUUGUGAAGAAGUGUAUCAAUUAUAUGCAGGCCCAGGAACUACUACUGUGAAAGAACUCGAUUAUGAGUCAUUGCGUUCGGUGGAUGUAAAAAGGAUUAUGGGAAUCAUUCAACAUAAUUCCUUUGCGCUUACUCAUGUCUUUUGUAACCUGGAGAAUAAAGAAGAAAAUAAUUUGUUCAGUGACGAUUGUGGAAUUGGAUUAUGGAUUUUACCAUCUUUUUUCAAUCAUUCAUGUGUCGACAGAAAUGUUCGUUGGAUUUUAAUUGGUGAUUUGAUGAUUGUUCGAUCCUCUCGAAAAAUUUCAAAGGACGAGGAACUAUUAUCAUCCUAUAUAGAACCAUACAAUAAAUACGAGGAGCGAUCUGAACGUCUUUUGAAGGUUAACGUAAAAUGUCAAUGUCGUCUUUGCAAAUUAGAUAGGUCCGAUUCAAGUGAAACAAAAACUAAACUAAAAAAUCUCCUUAAAACUUUUGAAGCACAUAAAUCUCAGGUAUAUAGUGAUUCCGCCGAUCACCUUCUUGAGAAUAAACUUGAGGAAAUAGUGGAGGGGCUAUGCGAUCUUAGAAAAGAGGAUCCAGAUUUGGAAUUCCAAUCGCUAAUACCAAAGUCUUCUUUAGCUAUACUUUACGCAAAAAAUGGAAAUGUUCAUAAAUCCAUGGCUUUAUACAAAAACAUAUAUAAUUUUGCAAAAAAACAUCAUUUACGUCCUUUGGCUCAUAAAUAUGCUUUUCAAAUUUCAUUUUGUUAUGGUGGAAUUGGGCAGAUCGAAAGAGCAAAACAUUGGGCUGACACAGGGCUUAGGGAUUUAUUGGAGCUUAUCAAAGGAAAAAUUGAUAACAAUGCUAAAUGGAGAAAAGACGCAAUAUUUAUUGCCGAAAACUUUUUACCGGAUAUAGUAUUUCUUGCUAGGCAAAUAAAUUUGAUCUAA